AUGGCGGACGUGUCCGAGAGGAAGCUGCAGCUGUCCGUGCUGCUGGCCUUCGCCUCCGGGGUGCUCGUGGGCUGGCAGGCGAACCGGCUGCGGAGGCGCUACCUGGACUGGAGGAAGCGGAGGCUGCAGGACCAGCUGGCGGUGAUGCAGAAGAAACUGGACCUGGCCUGA